UUGUCAGCAGGAUGUGUAGUCUUCACCUAACCUUUGUCAUAUUGUUAAGAGGAGGUGCCUUGCAAGCAGGUUUGCACAACAAUGGCUACAGGCGCCAAGCAGGAAAUUUCCUUCGGCCUCCAAGACAGCAUUAUAAGAUUUCUGAAGCCACAAAAGGUAAAGUUCAUGAAAAAGAUCCAGCUUCAUCAUUCAAAGACAACAUCCGAAGAAAGGAUUUUGGUUGUGACUUUGUGGAGGGCUCACAUUGUAUAUCCAUGGCUGCCUGUCAAGGUGGAGAGCUCCUUCAGUUAUUUAGAAGUUUAUGGAAUCACAGUCACAGACCCGAGGCAGGUUAUCAUUGAAACUGACAGAUUUGCACUUUCACUGAGCCUCAUGUCUCUUGAGGAUCUGGAACAGGUGGUUGGCCAUGUCACCUCAUCUCUCAAAAAGAUUUUCCCAGACUCCUCUCCAGGAAAACUGCUCAAGAACUCUCUUCCAGACAUGCAGGAGAGGCUUAAAAGUAUUGCAUGCUCUGCUGAAGGGGCACUGGACACUAACCAAGGGCCUUGUGGGGGAUUUUCUGAAACAUAUGCAGCCUUAUGUGAUUACAAUGAAUUCUCCUGUAGGGAAGAAAUCCAGUGGGAUGUAGACAACAUCUACCACAGUCAGGAGAACCGGGAAUUCAAUCUACUAGAUUUCAGCCAUAUGGAAAGCAGGGAUGUGGCUUUGGCUGUGGCUGCCCUUUCAUUCAAUCAGUGGUUUACAAAGAUAUAUUGCAAAGAUUUUAAACUGAGUUCUGAGGUACUGGAACAAGUUCUUUACAUGAUCAAUAGGUCUCCAAAGUUGGAAGAAGUUAGCCUGGAAAACUGUGGCCUGAAAAUGGAUUUUGCCUUGAAGAUGGCUCAAGCAUUGAGGGAGCAUACUUGUUCAGCUUUACACAUGGUUACCAUAGCUGGUAAUCAGAUAGAAGACAGAGGUGCUGCGGCUUUGUGCCAGGAAUUUGAAAAUCUUACCAGCGGACUAGCUCAUAUAUCUUUCUCCAGAUGCAAUCUGAGUCCCAAAGGACUGAAUGCUCUAGGUCAGGCUCUCACAACAAACAAAUCAUUCUCAAACUCACUGCGUUAUCUUGAUUUGUCUGGCAAUCCAGGACUACUCUCUACUGAAGAAGCCAAUGAUUUAUUUUUGUUUUUAUCUUGCUCAAAUAUACUGACCCAUCUGGAUCUUUCUGCAACAGAUUGUCCUCUUCCUCCUUUGUUUGUAGCUUUAUCUGUGGGAUGCUGCUCCAAACUCUCAUAUCUGAACGUUUCUAGGAAUAUUUACUCCCAUAAAAAGGCACGAGAUAUACCUGAAUCUCUUAAAGACUUCUUCUGUGGGUGUAAGGAACUCAAGUUCAUGGGUUUUUCUGGCACAAAGAUUCCUUCUGAGGCCCUCCGAAUAUUGCUUCAAAGUCUGGCCAGCAACAGUUAUCUAUCAGAUUUGGAACUGGAUCUAAGCUACUGUGAGUUGAGGUCACCUGGCGCACAAGUCAUCCAAGAUCACAUAUUUGAGGCCAAUGCCAUUGGGCGUUUAGACUUGUCAGAUAAUGGAUUUGAUAGUGACAUGGUGACCUUGGUUCUGUCCAUUGGAAGAAGUCAGUCCAUCCGCCAUCUCUCUCUUGGAAAGAAUUUUGGGAUGAAGUCUAAGGCCCUGGCAGAUGUUCUUCACCGAAUUGUCCAGCUUAUUCAAGAGGAAGAGUGUCCCUUAGAAUCAUUGUCUGUGGCUGAGUCCAGGUUGAAGACUGGCACCAAUGUCCUAAUCACUGCCUUAGGAAGUAACAAUAGCCUGACCAAGAUUGACAUCAGUGGUAACUACAUGGGAGACAUGGGCGCCAAGAUGCUGGCCAAAGCCUUGCAGGUCAACACCACACUAGGAACAGUGAUCUGGGAUAGGAAUAACACAUCUGCUGCAGGCUUCCUUGAUGUUGCUCAUGCCCUGGAACGAAACUAUACUCUGAAGUGUAUGCCUAUCCCAAUAAAUGAUGUGUCUCAAGCAUACCGCAACAACCCUGAAAAGACAGAGGAAGCUGUGCAGAAGAUACAAGCAUGGCUUCAAAGGAACAACCAGAGACAAACAGCAGUCUCUGAGCGAGCCUUUCGACUUCAGCAAGGAAUAAUGACAAGCACCUCAGAGCAGCUGGUGAAACGCAUGUGUGCCAAACUUGAAGACAAAGUGAAGCCACUUCAGAGCUUCUCUGUCAAAGAGGUCCAAGAAGACAUUCUGCUUGCUGAAGAAGUGUUGUGUAAUGCCAGGGCUUCCAUGACACUUCUUCCCAGCCUUUAUGAAAUGGGAAGACUGACCCCAAGUGCUGGCAUUGUGCACUGCAGGCUAAAGAAACUCAUAGAUGAGAUCAGCCAGGCUGUCAGAAGUGAGAUGCAGGUGUUGGUGCAGACAAUGCUUGAUACAGCUGAGAAGGCUUGCCCAAAGAUCCUGCACAGGACGAAGGUACGAGAGCGGCUGGCCACUUAUGUUUCUAAAAAGAUUGUUCAGUCAGAAAAGUUUGUGAAGGAAGCAAUCUUCCAGCAACUUGGUGAGGAUGUCACCAACAAGCUUAGUGAGCUGAAACUGUCAACAACUGUCACUAUUGCUGAAAACAUCAUUGAUGAAAUGCUACAGGACCUAUCAGCAUCUCAGAACAAACUAGCACAGCACCUACUGGAUCAAACACAGAUUGUUACAACAAGGACAGGGGAGGAAUCACUGCUGAAGAGAAACAAAGCUCUUUUUGAGCUUGCUGAAACAGAGUUUCCAAUGGAUGAGUAUGUUCCAGUCAUCCGAAGGCAAACCCUGCACACCAGAAGUAUUCGUCCAACCCCAGUAAUUCAGAUGAGUACUAAUCUACAUCCUCUCCUGUUGCCUCUAUUCUUAUAUGUCCUGUAUUGUUUCUGUUCUUUCCCAAUUUUUCUGUAUAUGCUGUACUUUCAUUCGUUUUCUGUACAUACUUUUCAUAUACUUUUUCUUAUUAAUUUUGCCUUGUCCAUAUUGUAUCCUCUCCAUAUAAUUUUUCUUUUACUUCUCUCUCUUUCUCUUUCUUUCUCUCUCUCUUUAUCUUCCUCUCUCUGUGUAAUUUGUAUCCUUCAUGCCUUCAUUUCCUCCCUUUUUAUUUAUACCUUCAAUACUCUCUCUCUUCCUUAUUUUUCUGUACUUCUCCAUACCUCUGCUUUAUCCUUUAAAUUCUUCCUUAUCCUCUCUCUGGUUCCCUUUCAUUUCUCUAUAACUUCCCUCCACAAUGUGUAUAUGGUACCGUUUCUCUUCUAUUCUGGUUCUCUCUUAUCUUGCUAUUCCUUCCCUCUCACCCUUAAACUCCCCCUUUGUCUCCACCUUCUUUGCCUCUUUGCAUAUCUCUUUUGUUGUUCUUUUUUUAAGACCCACAUUAUGUUGUUCUCUCUUUGUGCUUUCAUUUUUCCUUUCCUUCUUCCCCCCUAUUCUUUACUUGCCUCUUUCAAUUUACAUCUGUGUAUUUGUCUUUAUCCCCCUAAUGUUAUUCUUCACUCUCUCUCUCUGCCUGUGUUCCCCACCCUUCAUCUCUCCCCACCCUUUUCCCUCUCCCUAUUUCUUUCCCUCCCCCCAGAUCAGGGAGAGCUGGACGCAGACUCCCAGCAGGAGGAUACCAAAGGCAGUGGUGGUUCCGAUCAGCUGUCAGUCAGCAGGCCUCUGACGAAGUCCCGCCCCGCCUCCUCAGAGGAUGCUGCUCUUAGCAACAGUCUGCCUCCCAGCUCAGAGCCUGCAUCUCCUCAGCGCCUUAUGGACCUGCCCAUUGAAGGACAGAGACUGCAGCAUUACACGCGAGCUAGGCCAAGACCAAAUCGCAGGAACAAGCAACCUCCCAGCAAGCCCAAUGUACAGGCCACUUCAUGUGAAAAUGAAGAAAACGAGAAAUAUGGGAAAGUGGAUGAAGGAGUAGAUGACUUCUUUGCCAAAAAGCUGAUACCAGAAGAUCCCUUAAAAUUCCUUCAGCCUGUAAAAGUUCAAGAUCCAGUUUGCUCAACGCCUCCUUCUGGCACCAGGACCAUCAAGAAAAAAUUUGGGGAUUUCUUUGCGUUUAAAAAACCAAGGUCAUCCCGAGGACAAAAAGGUGAGGGUGCUCCUGAAAGCAGUCCCUCUGGAGGCCUAAGGCUUAAAAAGACUUCAAUAGCGGACCUGAUUCGGCCUCUGAGAGAGGCAGCACGUGCUGCAGAAAAGGCUGAAGAGAGUGCAGCAAAGGUUUCUACUAUUGCUUCCACUACUGGACCUACUGCUGUGACAGGAACAACAACAACUACAACAGCAACUACAACCACAACACCAACAACAACAACAGAAUCACCAGCAGGACAACUGCCUAUACGUGUUGAUCGGGAGAAGAGCAAAACCCUUGAAAGUGACAGAGAGAAGAGCAAGACACCAGACGCAGAGAGAAAACUGAAGCCAUCCCGCCGCUCAUUACGGGAAGGGAAAUCACAGUCACUUAUUCUUUUAACAGGUGUUGAUGAAGAAGAAAGCUUAGCAGCCAGCCAUGGCAAGAAACUUUCUGAGAAAGGAUCAGCAGAGGGUCCACAGACUUUUGAGCAAAAAGUCCACAUCAUGCUACACAGAAUUGGUGUUACAAAAGUGCUGUCUUCUGACACUAAGAAAAACCAGAAUAAAGAUGGAGAGCUGAGGAAAGCAGAUUCUGAAGGAACAAUAGUGGACAGCAAACCCCAGCCUCCUCCACAAUUCAUCACCCCACGUACCAUGUCUACUUCCUCAGAUAUGCGCCGGCCAUUCCGAGCCGGUCACGUCACUGAGCCCCUGAGAGGAAUGGACAAGAGCUGUCAAGAACGUACAAGCCCGGCCUUACCCAAGGCUCCAGUAAAGCCUCCAGUCUCAGAGAUCCAGGAACACAGUUUAGAGGUCUCCCCAGCAACAAGGAUGCCCAAACCUUUGCAGGAGCAAAGUCCAGUAGACAGCUGCCUGACAGAAGAGGGAGGAAGUCUCUCAAAGUGCAAGAAAGAAACCCUGACGCCAACCCCUUCUCCUCGACGAAUGACGGGUGUCACAGAGAAAGAGAAGAGUGAGCGAGCCAUGCCAGUGGCAAGUGAAGACAAUCUCCCCAUUCCCCGGCCUCGAGUUAAACAGGCUCAGAACCGCAGGGCCACCUCUGUUCAUGAAGAACAGCUCAGGGACCAAGAGAGCCAGCUGGAGCCGAAAGGUGACAAUAAGAGCGAGGUCAGUAUCAAGCGAUGCUCUCCAGAGAACCAGACUGCUUCUGGUGAGGUGCUUCAGACUGCUGCAAAAGCGCAACAGGUUCCGCAGACUGCACAAAGAUCACUUCGAGACCAAAGAACUGAUCCUCCUGUGUCACUGAAAAACAUGAACUGAAAAAAAUCUAUUUUCUACCAUUUCCCUUUGCACGUCAGAUUAUGUACAAAAAGUGGAGAAAAGUCCUAUACUUCUUAAUUAUUAAAAAAAAGUCAUUAUGCUCUAUCAUCACUUGUCCUGCUCAAGCUGGUCUGAUUUCUUCACUGUAAAGUCUAUUAAGAAUACAGUCACCUAAGUGUCCAAAACAUGUGAAACUUCUACAAGAAGAAUGCAUGAUGAAUCUUAUCAAGUUAUCAAGAACAAUUAAAAAAGCGUGUCAGUCUCCUUUAGUUGUGUCUGGAAAAUUAAGUCUAGUCACAGCAUCUUUAGCUCAAAUGGCACUUCACUUACAAGAACCCAUCUCCACCAGUAGAAAUUCCAGCUAGUUAACCAGUACAACCCAGCUGGUAGUUUUCCCCUCCCCCUAAAAAUAUGAUGGGAUCACAAAGACCCUUAGACACUUAAUGAAGGAGAAUUUGGGGAUUCAAAAUAGUGCUGGUAUUUUUCUUUGAGCCAUGUUUUUUUUUCCAGCACACUGUCUUGGGACAAGCUCUUAGUACAUUUUUCACGGUGCCUAUGGAUGCUGGAGGCUUUAUUCAACAUGGAAACCAUCAAUUUCUUGGCACUGGUAUGCAUGUGUGUGGGGGAUGAUUUUCCGUAUGUUGAUAUUUAUGUAAGGACACAAAGCCCCCUUUCAUUAAUAGACAUUAUCUACUCUCAGUACUUACAUCCAACUAAAAUUUAAAAUAAUUCUUCCACAUGUGAACAUUACAAGCCAACUCAUAGCUGCUUUAAAAAAAAUGACCACAGUGGACACCAGCUAAAUCCCCAAGUGAAAGUAGCAGUAGCUCACUUGGCCAUGAAAACAGUUAAGAGCCCCCUGUUGUUUAUUUUAUUUAUUUAUUUUUUUGGCAAUUGUUGUACUGCACACUUGAAAUUGUUGGUUCUUUUUCAAUUUAAAUGUCAAGAACAAGAAUGGAUGUUGGGUUUUAACUAACUUAAACUGUAGUGAAAAAAAACUAUCGUCACCCCAGGAAGAUUUUUCCUUUUUAUUCAUAAUCUUUUGAUCUUGUAUCUUGCUCAUCUAGGUAAGUGGCAACUGUCUUCAACAAAUUUAAAAUAUUUUUUAGGUUGUGUGCUGUGUCUGUUUCAUAACAAAAUUGCAUUUUAUUUGCACUGCAGGACUGGCAUUUUGUCCGCUGGUCAACUAAAUUCCAAAAUGAAAAGGUGUUGAAAAUGCAAAGGCUUUGGCAGCAGGAGUGAAUUAUGAGGGUCAUACCAAAACUAAUGAACAUAUUGAAAUUACCAAGAAAUGCCUGACAAUAUGUGCUACUGUAACUGUAACUUCAAUCUACUGUCUCACUCCUGAAUAAAGAAUGACAUCACCUACCCCAGUUAUGUGUUCACAGAUGAUUGCGAGUAAACGGCAGGCAUGACUUUAAAGUGUAUAUGGAACAUCUGCAUGGGUGUCAGACUAUGGACAAACGCAGACAACGCAGUACAGCCAAACAAACAUCCAACUGUUUAUAGCCACAACCAAGAGAAACAAAGUAAAUCGACAAUCAACAAUUGGAGCAAUGGAAUUGGAAAUUGAGGAAAGUUUGGAUAUUACAGUUACUAACCAAGGAGCACCACAUUUCUCUGGGUGGAAAAAAAUAAACAUUACCUUGAAAUUGUUGGAAUUUUGUGUUAUUAAAGCAAUUGACAUUCUCCACAGUUGUGAUGGGUAAUGAAAGCUACUUUUAUGAGUUUAAUCCAGAAAACAAAUGACAACGAAUAGUAGAGCAUUAUGCCACUUACAAAAAUGAAGACAAAAACAUUUCAGUCAUCCUCCAAUAUUAUGGGAACCGUCUUUUGGCAUGUUGAGGAAUGUGUACUAUGGAGGGGUCACCAUUGAUGCUUUGCAUGACAAAUGUUCACUGAGAAAAAAGCUGACCUAACAACAGGACAAUAACGUGUGGCCAUAUGCUGUUUAGCUCUACUUGAAUGGCACUGAGAAGAACAGUCCGGACUUAGACCUCUAAGGCUGCCAUCUCGGGAUACGAUUUUAAAGAUCAGAUCGGGGGCCAGCACGUCAAUACCUGUGAGACUGUCCAGGCUGUAGUGCCUCGAUGUUCUAACAUGCCUGGAACGGAGUCCAACUGCAAGUGGAUUUGCAGAUUUCUACAAUGGUGCAAAAAUGCAUCAGUCAGUCUGGGGAACUAGUAGAGAAGUUUACAAUGGUAUAUAAUCUCGACUGACAUGUAGACAUCUAUCCAUACCUUUACUGAAUCAUGAAAUGAAUAUGUGCAUUACUUUUGGUACAACCCUCGUAUUACCCAUUCAUAGUCACUAUGCAUUUCUUCCUCGGGGGUACAAUGUGUUUCUACAAUAAAAGGAUCAACUUAAGAACUUGUAAAGCAGAUCAGAUUGUAAGCACUGUACGUCAUAUCUGAGCACUCUAUCAUGAGUCAUCUGUAAUAUUUAUGUGGAAUUUGUUCUUGCGAUUGGGUGUUUAAGGGUGAAAGGCCAGAAAAAUGUUAUUUUUCAUUUUUAAUAAGUUAUGGAUUUAAAAUUAGUAAUAAAUUACAUUUUAUACAGUGUAACUAAAUCAAUUAACAAUGUACAAUAAUACUUUGAUGGUAACUGAAUCAGCAUUACAAAAAUGUUAAAUGCACAUCAUCCAAAUGUGAUUAUGUUACUUUCUCUGUUGUGAACGCAAUGCAUGUUAAGCACAGCCACAUGUUUUAACCUAUUGCCUGUUGGGCACAAUCAUCUUCAUUUCUUGUCUGAAAGAUCAGUGGAGGUUGCAGCAAUUUAUUCCAACCAAUGUCUUAAUUAAACAGCCAUUUUUUCCA